UCCCGGCCCAGGGACCCUCGGCUGUGGGAUGGGUCACAGCCAGCCGGAUCCUGGACGUUGGCCAUCAGCUCGGAACUGCCUGGAAGGGGUCCAAAAGGGGAGCAGGUAAUUCAGGCUCCAUUCUAUGGACACUGAUUAGAUAGCAUGGGGUAAGCACUGGGCAUCCCUCAGUGCUCUCCUCACCACAGGGUCAGGCUGGUCCAUCAGGACUGAGGCUCUUUGUAGGAUGACAGAGCAGGAAUUGGAAUCCCAACAUCCCAACACAGAAUAAAGGAGAAAGACAGCUCCUGCCCCACGGCGUAGGAGCAGGGAAGAGUGAGGAGCUCAGCCUGUGUGGCUGGGACGGUGCUCUUCUCCACUCCUGCACCCUACCCAGCUGCCUGCAAACCCCCACCACGGGCAGGGCAGGGGUGCUCCGGCCGUACCCCCUCCCCCGGCAGCCCCCCCGCGGGCUGGCUGGCCCCACCGGCCGGGUCUGAAGGUCACAGCGCUGCACGGCGGGGGCAGCGCAGAGUCCGCGAUCCCACUGGAGUGCCGAGGCUCAGCAGCACUCCGAACCACCAGCCAUGAUUAUCUGGGGUCUCCUUUCCCUCCUCCUCUCCGCUGCGGCUUAUGGAACCCCCAUCGGAGACCAGGAUGAAGAUAUCCAAGUGCAGGAGAAUUUUCAGGCUGAGCGGAUGUACGGGAAAUGGUUCGACAUUGCCAUUGGCACCACCUGCAAAUGGAUGAAGAACUACAAGGAGAAGUUCAGCAUGGGCACACUGGUGCUGGGCCCUAGCCCCAGCGCUGACCAGAUCAGCACUACCAGCACCAGGCUGAGGCAAGGUGACUGCACACAAGUCUCAGGGGAGUACCAGAAAACCAGCACCCCUGGCAAAUACACCUACUACAACCCCAAAUGGCAGGUGUCUAUCCAGUCCUAUGUGUUCCGUACCAACUAUGAAGAAUAUGCUGUCAUUCUGAUGAAGAAGAAAAGCAGUUUUGGUCCAAGCACCACCCUGAAGCUGUAUGGGAGGAGUCCAGAGCUGCGGGAGGACCUCAUUGAGUCUUUCCAUCAGCUGGCUCUGGAGAUGGGCAUCCCUGAAGACUCCAUCUUCAUCCUGGCCAACAGAGGUGAAUGUGUUCCUCAGGAGACUGAAAAUGCUCCCCAGAGGGCGCGGAGAGCAGUGCUGCCCCAGGAGGAGGGCUCGGCCGCAGGACCCCUGCCCCCCUACACCGGCAACAAGGAAGACUCGUGCCGGCUGGGCCGCGACUCCGGGCCCUGCAGCGGGAUGCUCUCCCGCUUCUUCUACAACUCCUCCUCCAUGGCCUGCGAAACUUUCCUCUACGGAGGCUGCCUGGGCAACGGCAACAACUUCUACUCAGAAAAGGAGUGCCUGCAGGCGUGCCGGACCGAGGCUGCCUGCAGGCUGCCCAUUGUUCCAGGUCCCUGCCAGGCACUGGUGACGCGCUGGGCCUUCGAUGCAGCCCAGGGCAAGUGCGUCACCUUCAGCUACGGAGGCUGCAAAGGCAAUGGGAACCAGUUCUACUCGGAGAAGGAGUGCAAGGAGUACUGUGGGGCUCCUCAGCUGGCAGAGGACGAGGAGUUCCUGCAUCUCUCCAACUGAUGCAGGCAGAGGAUGAGGGACUGGCACCCAGCACCAGGGUCCUGCACGACAGUGCUGUCAGCUGUGGCAGCACAGGAGAUUCCUGCAGCAGUAAAUGUCUCUCGUGUGACCAAAGA